AUGAUUGGAAGCGCUCGACAAUUCAACAAGAAGAACAAUGACGACGGCAACAAUGCCGACGGCGACCCCAUGAAGCUGCUGGCCAUGCAAAUGGCAUCUGAAAUGAGCUUUGGAACGCUUGAACAACUUCAAGCCACCGUCAUUCCGUUCCCGGACAUCGAUGAUCGCCUACGCGCGUUGGAGCUCGAAAGAGAACAGGAGGAGGACGAAGUCGAAGAGGACUAUCAAGAUAUCAAGUGGCUUUUGAACACCACCUGGGGUGACGAUGGGAUUGCAAAACUUCAACGUUUCAUCGGAUUUGUG